GCAGUUUGCGCGCCACAAUUCGCGAUCAGUUACGCUUCGGUGUUUGCCCGGAGUGGUUCAAACGGAGUAGCAAAAUCAAACAGCACCGUCACGAUACUUACCCUGCACAGUUAUACACACACAGAAACAUACACACACGAGUGCUAUCGCGAUAGAGACAGAAGCUAGCAGCGAGUGCAGUGUGUGCAGUUUUGUGCAGCGCAACGUUUCAGGGCAGGCGCAAGGCAACACAAUGCAAAGUUUACAUAACAUCGGCCAAACGCCGUACCAGAAGGCACUAAGUGGGAAGCCCACAUCCAUCAGGGCAGGGGCAAGUCUGGUCGAGACGCUCCGCUUUGUCGCUUCGGUUGUGCUGGAUGUGGUGACAUUUUUUGUCCUGCUAGUACCGCUCGUAGUGCAGUUCUUUGCCGGGCUGACGCGCAAAGCAACGAAGAAGAACAUAUCCGGCUGGACGGCGCUCGUUACUGGCGGUGCGAACGGACUCGGCCGGGACAUCUGUCUGCAGCUCGCCCAGACUGGUUGUCAUAUUGCCGUGGUCGACCUGGACGAUGUCAAUGGUGCACAAACUGUUGCCGACGUUAGGAAGCUGGGCGUGAAGGCACAAUUCUUUAAGGCCGAUGUUUCCUCGUUCGAGGCGGUAAGCAACCUGAAAAGGGAGGUGUCGUCCAAGCUGGGCCCGGUCGAUAUUCUGGUGAACAAUGCCGGUGUCCUGCCAUUGAUGUCCUUACGCGAGGGCACACCGGACGAUCUGAAGAAGGUGAUUGAAAUCAACCUGCUGUCCCAUCUCUGGACGCUACGUGUCUUCACGGAUGAUAUGAUCCAGCGAAAGCGAGGUCACAUUGUGGCCAUCGCAUCAAUAGCCUCGUACCUGCCAAUCGAGCGCAUUAUUACAUACGCCGCCUCCAAGUACGGCGUCCGUGGCCUGAUGGGUUCGUUUGCCAGCGAGCUACACAACGAGGGCGUUGACGAUAUCGUUAAAACCACAACCGUCUACCCGUGCUUCAUCAAAACACGCCUCGAGCUUAUGGAUGCACUGAAGAAGAUGGGCAUAAAAAAUCGGGUUCCCAUCAUGCGUAGUGAAACGGUGGCUCGAGCAGUUGUUGGUGGAAUACUUUACAACAAGGCGCACGUCUACAUACCGAAAGUUGUUGGACCUUUCGUUGGGAUUUAUGAAAAUCUUCCUUUUAAAGUAGCACAUUUGGCCAAAAGAUGUUUGCUCAGGACCAGCAUUCCCAAUGUCAUGGAGCGAUAGUUUUGCAGCUAACAUUAAGCUGCACAUUGUAUAUUCAAGCCAUCUGCCAUCCUGUACCUUAUGUAUCUAUUAAUUUUUCGCAAUGCAAAUGUCGUUAAAAAGAAAACUGAAUAAAUUAAAUCUUUACCUUUCUUUA